UCCAUCGCAUAAAUCCCUAAUAUAUAUAUAUAUAUAUAUAUAUAUAUCGUCUUCAUAUACACACACAAUCACACGCACAGUAGAAGUAGAAAUCAUCAUCUCAUCGUUGUAAGUCAGACGAAACAUCCAACCAAAAGAUAUGUGCAGAGGGUUUCAGCAGUACGAUCGCCUGAAGAUCAAGGACUUCUAUCUCCGACUAUCCGUUUCCAAUGCCCAUACAAAAACCUUACCCGAUUCCCUCACUCUCUAUUACCUCCCUCGCAUCAGUGAAAGCCCGUUGGACGUCGAUGGCUCCAAUAUCCGACCCGACUCGCCCGCCUUCGUUACGCUCCACCGACUCAUAUCGUCAGCCGCCGCCGCCGACACGGUUAGCAAAGGUAAUUCAGGCGCCAUUUACGGGAGCAGAGAGCGGGUUCGGGCAAGCGAAGGUGUACGCUUCGAGGUCUACUUGAGAGACGAGAAGCUGUUGAAGGGGAUUUUCAGGAAAGACGAGGACGACGAUGAUCAGUGGAAAUUGGACUGCAAGUGUGUUCUUGAGAGGGACUUGGUCGGAGUGGAUGUCAAGGAGGCGGAGGUUUGCGUGGCGGCGGAGGGACACGCGGCGGCGAUGGCUCAGACGGUGGAGAUGGUGGUCAAGAGGAAGAGGAGGGUCAAGUGUUUUCAGGGGUUGGAGGAGAUACCAGAGGAGAGAGAAGUGGACGACACUGAAUCAGACGGCUGUUAUUGUGGUUCUUGUUCUUGCUCCUCUAAUGGGGACGAAGUGGAGAUGAGAUCAGGCGGUGGAGGUUGGUCGGAGGAGGACGAGAUUGAUGAAAAUAGGAGAGACGAGAUGGAGAUAGAGACGGAGAUGGAAGGAGUGAGAUGGGCCGUCGAUGUGGGGAUUUGGGUCAUGUGCUUGGGUGUUGGAUUUUUGGUUUCUAAAGCUUCCUCCAAAACCCUAAGGCCAAGAAGGCUACUAUGACAAUUACAAUUUUUCUUUUUUCUUUUUCUUCAAAAGUUCAUUUUUGAAUUUUAAAUUUAUGAAUUAGCAUUAUUAUUUCUA